GGGGAGGAGGGAAGAGAAAGUGAGGAAAGUUCUCAGCGGGUGAAGGAGGAAAGACCUUCCUUUUUUUUUUCUCCCCCCGCUGGUCUCCCUUCUUCAUCCGUCCAUCCAGGAGGAAAAACAGCAGUAAAGACGGGAACACAUGGGCUGCUGAUUAUCACUGAUCAUCAGUCAGAUAGGCCUGCAUGCGUGCGCGCGCUCUUGAUUGCCAGCUUGGUGGAGCGCGUGGCGUUGUGACGCACGGGCGCGAGGCAGCGACACCUACGCCGUCGAAGCUCUGACUGCAGGUGUACCGCGGAGGAGCGCGAGGAGCAGCCGCGAGGGAGUUUACUGGCCCGCUGGAUCGAUAGCUUCAGAUGCAAUAUGAUGGAUCGAUGGAGCUCAGUGCGCGAGGCAUGGCUGCUGUUGCUGCUCAUCACGAUGUUUGGCACCUCGAGGGCAGCUGAUCCUAUUGAUGUCCUGAAGGUCCUGGAGCUGUCUGAGAACAUGGAGGGCGUGUCGUUGGAGUCAGGACUGUGCACCAGCAGGGAGGGACGAGAGGAAACGGACCUCUCCUAUAAGAUCGACAAGAAGAUUCAACUGAGCGCGCCCACCAAGCAACUAUUUCCUUAUUCAUCAUUCCCUAUGAAUUUCUCAGUGAUGACAACAGUUAGAGCUGUCAAGGGCUCACAGGUCUUUCUCCUCUCCCUGUACGACUCGCAGGGCACGCAGCAGCUGGGUGUGGAGGUCGGCCGUUCUCCUGUCUUCCUGUAUGAGGACCAUGAGGGUCAGCCACCUCCAGAACUUUACCCCACCUUUAGAAAGAUCAACCUGGCUGAUGGCAAGUGGCACAGAGUAGCCUACAGUGUGGAGGGCCAGUCAGUGACUCUCUACCUGGACUGUGUCAAACUGGACACCCUGGACCUGCUCAGAGGUUAUGACCCCCACGUCAGCACUGAGGGGGUUACUGUAUUUGGGACACGACUGCUGGAUGAAGACGUGUUUGAGGGAGACAUCCAGCAGCUGCUGAUCGUUGAUGAUCCCAGAGCAGCAGAGACUUAUUGUCAGGACUACAUCCCAGACUGUUAUGCACCUUUGCCCUACAACAACAUAUUAACAGAGGCUGAGGAGGUGGAGAGAGCGCCUAAGAGACAAGUAGCCGAGGAGUAUGAGGAGUUUGACUACAGUGAAUUCAAUGAUGUCCUCUCUGGUUCCACGGUGACUGCGGGUCCUAAUGUCACAGAGUAUGAGAUCAUUGAGUAUGAAGACUAUGACAACACAACAGAUUACAACCAUGAGAAUGAGUAUGAGUAUGAGGAAGAAUACGACGAGCGCUAUGGGCCAGCGGAGAGAGAACGGGAGUUCUCUCUUAACACACAGGAUUUACCAGAGAAAGGAGAGAAAGGAGAACCAAGCUAUUUGGGAGCGGGAACGCAGAUUACAGGACCACAUGGGCCUCCAGGACCUGAGGGAGAGCCAGGCCCCCCUGGAAUCACAGGACCAGUAGGAACUCGAGGAGACCCUGGGGAGCUGGGCCCUCCAGGGCGACCAGGACUUAAUGGAGCUGAUGGGAUACCAGGUCCUCCAGGAAACAUCAUGCUCAUACCGUUCCAGUCAGGUGGUGAUCCAACGACAGGUACUGUGGUUUCUGCACAGGAGGCGCAGGCUCAGGCCAUUCUUCAGCAGACCAAGCUGGCUAUGAAGGGACCCCCAGGGCCGCUCGGCCUCAGAGGAAGACCUGGACCACUGGGUGUACCAGGUCCCUCUGGGUUGAAGGGGACCAGUGGAGAGAUGGGGCCAGUGGGUCCUCCAGGACUGACAGGUAUCCCGGGUCAGAACGGACGAAUUGGGAAAAGGGGUCGUGCUGGUACAGAUGGGGGCCGUGGUGCGACAGGAGAGACUGGAGGAAAGGGGGAUAGAGGGUUUGAUGGCUUGCCAGGUCUCCCUGGAAACAAAGGACAUAAAGGGGACAGGGGUAAGCCGGGCACUGUAGGUCCAGCUGGAGAGCCAGGAGAAAGGGGGUCUGAGGGGCCACAUGGACCAAGAGGACAACCAGGUGAUGCUGGCUCCAGAGGUCUGAAUGGCCCCAGAGGUCGUCCUGGUCCCCCAGGCCAGCCUGGCAUUCGAGGAAUUGACGGCGUUCAAGGUUCAAAGGGAAACAUAGGAGCCCUGGGGGAUGUCGGAGCACCUGGACAACAAGGCAACCCUGGAAUCGUGGGUUUUCCUGGUCCUCAGGGGUUAGUAGGGUUGCCAGGAGAGAAGGGGCCUCAAGGGAAGAAAGGCAUGCAGGGCUUACCUGGAAACGACGGGCCUCCAGGGCACCCUGGAAGAGAAGGUACUCCAGGUGAAAAAGGACUGCCGGGUCCUCUAGGAGUGCAGGGGCCUGUUGGAUACCCUGGACAACGAGGAGUUAAGGGAGCAGAUGGAAUCAGAGGAUUAAAGGGAAGCAAAGGCGAAAAGGGAGAGGAUGGUUUCCCAGGGGCCAAAGGGGAGAUGGGAGCAAAGGGAGACGUUGGAGACAAUGGAGCUGCAGGUGGCAGAGGAGAAGAUGGGCCUGAGGGGCUUAAAGGCCAGCUGGGUCCUCAAGGAGAAGCUGGCCCUUCUGGUACUUCUGGAGAGAAGGGGAAACUGGGAGUUCCUGGGCUGCCAGGAUAUCCAGGGCGCCAGGGGCCAAAGGGUUCUGAUGGAUUUCCUGGUGUACUUGGAGCUGCAGGAGAGAAGGGCAAGAAAGGUCCUGCAGGACAACCAGGAGGUGGAGGCCAGAGGGGUGCAAAUGGCGCGCGAGGUGCCAGAGGGGCAAAAGGGCCAACAGGGAAAUCAGGAGAAAAGGGCACCUCAGGACAUGACGGGCCCCCAGGAUCUCCUGGAGACAGGGGACCUCAAGGGCCUCAAGGAAGGAAUGGAGAGCCAGGACCUAAAGGAUCGAGCGGUCCUGCUGGGAAGGACGGACUUCCAGGUCACCCAGGUCAAAGAGGAGAGCCGGGAUUCCAAGGGAAAACGGGACCCCCAGGACCCUCAGGUGUUGUGGGGCCACAGGGAAAAUCAGGUGAGCCCGGUCCAACAGGGGACCGUGGUCACCCAGGGGCACCAGGUGUACCUGGAGAGCAUGGUUUACCUGGUGCUGCUGGGAAGGAAGGUGGAAAGGGCGAUCCAGGUUUACCUGGAACAUCAGGGAAAAAUGGCCCUACAGGGCUAAAAGGGUUCAGGGGGAGCAGAGGAGCCACUGGAAUUAUGGGACCUCCUGGUCUGAAAGGAGGAUCAGGACCUACUGGAUCCUCAGGAGCCAUAGGGUCGACAGGUGAGAGGGGCUCUCCAGGACCAGCAGGUGCCAUCGGACAACCUGGUCGGGGCGGAUCAAUUGGAGGACCUGGACCAAUGGGAGAGAAGGGCGAGCCUGGAGAGAAGGGUCCAAUUGGACCAGCGGGUCAGGAUGGAGAUCAGGGACCUGGAGGGAUGCCUGGGGCUGCAGGCCCUGCAGGACCUCCGGGAGACGACGGGGAUAAGGGAGAGCAGGGGCUACCUGGGCAGAAAGGCAGCAAAGGAGACAAAGGAGAAGGAGGCCCUCCAGGCCCCAUUGGCACUCAAGGACUGGUUGGUCAGCCAGGACUUCCAGGUGUAGAUGGACUGCCGGGUCCCCGGGGCCAGCAGGGCAUGUACGGUCCAAAAGGAGAUGAGGGACUCCGUGGCUUCAAGGGCUCUAGAGGACCAAUAGGAUUACAGGGCAUGCCCGGCCUCCCAGGGGAGAAGGGUGAGAGUGGACAUGUGGGACUAAUGGGUCCACCUGGCCAACAAGGCCCCAAUGGUCCUCAAGGACCUAUUGGCGGACAGGGUCAAACAGGUCGACCUGGGAUGAUAGGACAGCCAGGUGUUGUUGGAGAGAAGGGGGAGGAUGGUGAGGCAGGUGAUCCAGGUUCAGUCGGUGUUCCAGGAAGGCUAGGAGCAAAAGGAGACCAGGGGGAGAAGGGAGAUACGGGCCCUCCAGGAGCAGCUGGUCCUCCAGGAGCCAGGGGCCCCACAGGGGAGGAUGGAGCCAAGGGCAACUCUGGUCCUAUAGGUCUCACUGGGGACCUCGGACAGCAGGGAGAGGCCGGACCCAAUGGUGUGGAUGGUCUGCCCGGGUCUAAAGGAGACACAGGAGACCCUGGGAAUUCUGGACCACCAGGAGCAGCAGGGGAACCUGGACCAUCUGGACCUCCUGGACGAAGGGGUCACUUGGGAAAACCAGGGAAGGAAGGAAAGGCGGGCCUGAAAGGAGCAAAAGGUGCUCCCGGUUUGGAGGGUCCCAUAGGGAAGACAGGGCCCGUAGGUGCCCAGGGACACCCUGGGAAACCUGGCCUUCAAGGUUUAAGAGGGAUCCCCGGCCCUGCAGGUGAGCAGGGAUUAAAUGGACCACCUGGUCAGACAGGUCCCCCAGGCCCCAUGGGUCCACCAGGAUUACCAGGACUAAAGGGAGACCAUGGCAAGAAGGGAGACAAGGGUCAUGGUGGUCUAAUAGGUCUGAUAGGGCCACCAGGAGACAUUGGAGAGAAGGGCGAUAGAGGACUGCCAGGAAACCAGGGACUGCCGGGUCCAAAAGGAGAUGAGGGUCCAGUUGGUCCACCAGGUCCCCACGGUCCUCCAGGCCCCACGGGUCUGUCUGGUGCUAUUGGUUCAAAGGGCUCUAAAGGAAACCAGGGUCCAAUUGGUCCCAGAGGAGACACUGGGCCUGCAGGACCUCCAGGACCACGAGGAUCCCCAGCAAUUGGGAUAUCCCCUCUGCCAGAGCGAGGACGGAGAAGGAGAACCAACACCUUGGUGGAUGGUGCUGCAGUUGAAGAGGAGGAAGAGGAAAGGGAGGCAAUAGAUCGAGGGGAGGAGGAAUGGAUGCAAGGGGACCAGGCGGAGCAGGGCAGUUUGACGAACGACAAGGAGGGCCAAGGCAUGGAGGAAGUGUUUGCUUCUCUGUCCUCUAUGAAAGUAGAGGUGGAGGGGCUGCGUAACCCACAAGGGACGUACCACAGCCCCGCCCGCACCUGCAAGGAGCUCUACCUCCUCCACCCAGAGCUCCCCAAUGGUGAAUACUGGAUAGAUCCCAACCAGGGUUGCCAUAGAGACUCCUUCAAGGUGUUUUGUAACUUCACCGCACAAGGAGAGACAUGUCUGUACCCUGACAAGAAGUUCCAGUCGGUGAAGUUAGCAGCCUGGAAGGGGGAAAAGCCUGGCACCUGGUACAGUAAAUUCAGGAAAGGAAAACAGUUUUCCUACUCCGGGUCGGAAGGCGAUCCAGUCCACGUGGUCCAGUUGACCUUCCUGCAGCUGCUGAGUGCGUCAGCCAAGCAGACCUUCACCUACCACUGCCUCAACUCCGCCGCCUGGCUGCACAUCGCCACCUACGGCCACGAACACGCACUGCGCUUCAGAGGCAGCAACGGAGAGGAGCUGACACAUGAGAACACACAUUACAUCAGUGCACUGUACGACGGGUGUCAGACGCGCUCGGGUCAAGAGAGGACGGUAUUGGAAUUUGACGCUCCACUGUCCACAACACUCCCCAUACUCGACGUGUCUGUGCCUGACUUUGGGAAGGGGAACCAGAAAUUUGGUUUCCAGGUUGGCCCAGUCUGCUACAACGGUUAACCAAGUCGGGGGAGAUUACAACAGGAGUAAUCUAAUAGGAAAAAGAGCCAUGGACACUUUUUACAUGCAGGGAGAAAACUACAUUCAAGACUUACCUGUUGCAACAUAUUUAUAAGUCGAUUUACCUACAACAGUGUUCCUUCAUCUAAACAUUCUUUAUACAGACAUUCAUUCAUUCAUAAAGUCAUCUUAUUCAUCUUAUACGUUCUCACAACUGAGAAUCUGUUUCAAAAGCAGUUCGUACAUUUAUAGAUCGUCAACCAUUUCCUGUUACACACAUUUCUUUUUCUGUCAUUCUUUGAAGGAGUGAGUGGUGCUCUUACAGUUUCAUUUAUGUCUGUUCAUACAUUUAUUGAUCUAUGCACUCAAUUCUCAUCUAUACAUAAUCAUACACAAGUCUCUACACAAUAUGAUCAGUGAAUCAUCUUCAGAAAUACAAAAAUACCAUAUUUCAGCAACAUUCAUCCACCAUGUUGUUCUGUGUUAUCAUCAAACCUCAAUUUGUUGUGUUUAUUUUGUUUGUUGUCCUCAUGUUGUUGUUAUAAUUAUCUGUUAUGUAAUGUAUAUUGGCGUGUAAUUCAUCACGGUGCUAUUAUGUAGCUCCUUGCGGAGUACAUUUCUAUGUAAAAGGGAACUGGGGCAGUGCAUUUUUUUUUAUAUUGUGAAGCCGUGUUUUAUAUUUUUUCAACAUAACAAACCAAACUGUGGUACAUGAUUGCCUCAAGGUCUUUCUAUGCAUAGUUGUGUGGGGAAGUGACUGAGUAACAUAUUUGAAUAAAAGUACAUAAUGUACCUUUAAAUUAAUAUGAUGAGAUUUAGUUUUAUUGAAUGCGUUUGUCAGGCAAAGCCAACAAAGACAGGCUUUGAGGGGCCGAGAGACACGCCAUCUGCUGCUUUCCAACCAGGAAUUCCCUACAGUGUGCUCUUUUUGAGGUCUGUACUUUGAUCUCAUAUUCAUACAGCACUUUUCUUACUAUUGUUACAGGACACUUGGCGACUACACACAGUACAAUGCACGUCAAUUAAAAGCUAUUUUUAGGGAUGGCAAUGUCGGUCAGCUCACCACUUUGACUGGCUGAAACUGAAACAUCUCAACAACUACUGGAUGAAAUUUGACAUCCAUAGUCCCCAGAGGAUGAAGCCUGCUGAUUUAAGUGAUCCCCCCGUUUUUUCCCUUUAGGGUUAACAUGAGGUUGACAUUUUUGUAUUUUAGUUAAAGUCUCAACAACUAUUGCAUGGAUUGUCAUUAACUUUGGUACGUUAAUGGCGCAGAGAGGAUUGAUCCUAAUGACUUUCCCUGAAUUGUAAUAACUGAUGAUCUCUUAAAGGACCAGUGUGUAGGAUUUAGGGGCAUCUGGCAGUACUAACUGAACACUGCUCGCGUCCGAUUUGACGACCUGGAAAUGAGAAAGAGCUGUGAAAUGUGUAGGAGAAACUACGAUGGCAUUGAAAUCCCUAUCUACAGUGUUUGGUUUGUUCAUUCUGGGCCACUGUACUUCAGUUUAUGACCCAAAAUCUAUAAAACUAAUGACACUUCUGCUUGGUGCUAGCAAAUGUUAUCAUUCUAACAUGCUAAACUGAGAUGGUGAACAUAGUAGACACUAUACCUGCAUGUUGUUGCAUUGUCUUGUAAGAUCUGCAUUUGGUCCAUUCUACCAUUCAACAUUUUUGAUAUGGUUAUGAUGUUGAUGACCACAUAUAAUAAUGUCAAUUAGAAUUCUUAGUGAAGCGCAUUAGAAGUAGAGUGAUGUGGCAACAGACCAAAUGGCUACUUGAGCACCCUUAUCUGGAAAAGGUCAAAAGAAUAGGUUAGGGCCAGUCCAUUUAAUGACUCCUAAUUGAUCAGUAAAAUAUUAAAUUAUAUUCUUAAAUCAACUGGAGGCUGGUGGAGGAAUAAUAAAAUGUACGUAAUGUGCUCUGAGUUCCAGUUAAAAGCCACUCCAAAGUGCUUUUUGUAAGUGCAGAAUAUGGGGAGUUUAAAUUGUCAGGAUGGCUUUAAAUAAAGGCAGGAAUACGUUGUUUAUUAGGUUAGCAGCACGCACAAAAUACACAAAAUGAAAAUAAACAACCACUUGCUUUUUUUUAUCUUCAAAUGAGUCAAAGACAUUACAUUUUCUGGCAGAGAACUGACUUUGUGGUUGGCGAGAUUUCCACUAUAUACAUAAUAUUAAAGAGGCUUGGGCGUGAGUGCUGCAGCUCGAGAAUAAACCAUUCAUAUAUUCUC